AUCACACUCGCCUCCGUUCAAUUUGUCGUUGUUCCAUUCCAAUUCUCAAAUUCAUUCCAUUGCAACAACACGAUGAGAGAAAUCGUUCAAGUACAAGCUGGCCAGUGCGGAAAUCAGAUCGGAGCUAAGUUCUGGGAAGUGAUUUCCGAUGAACACGGCAUCCAACCGGACGGUCAGUAUGCUGGCGAAUCGGAUUUACAACUUGACAGAAUUGAUGUCUAUUACAACGAGGCUCAUGGUGGUAAAUACGUUCCACGAUGUGUCCUCGUCGACCUCGAGCCAGGAACGAUGGAUUCGGUUAGAGCCGGAGCAUACGGCCAACUGUUCCGUCCCGAUAACUUCAUUUUCGGCCAGAGCGGAGCAGGCAACAACUGGGCCAAGGGUCACUACACGGAGGGCGCUGAACUUGUGGAUCAGGUGUUGGACGUUAUCAGAAAAGAAGCUGAAGGUUGCGACUGUCUUCAGGGCUUUCAACUGACGCACUCAUUGGGCGGCGGUACAGGCUCCGGAAUGGGUACACUGAUGGUGUCGAAAAUUCGUGAAGAAUAUCCGGAUCGUAUUAUGAGCUCUUUCUCCGUUGUACCAUCACCCAAGGUGUCCGAUGUUGUUUUGGAACCAUACAAUGCCACUCUAUCGGUUCACCAGUUGGUUGAAAAUACAGAUGAAACAUUCUGUAUCGACAAUGAGGCACUCUACGAUAUCUGCUUCAGAACACUCAAGCUCAGCAAUCCGAGUUACGGUGACCUCAACCAUCUAGUGUCGAUGACAAUGUCCGGGGUAACGACUUGUCUUCGCUUCCCGGGACAGCUGAAUGCGGAUUUGCGUAAACUGGCCGUAAACAUGGUGCCAUUCCCUCGACUGCACUUCUUCAUGCCUGGUUUCGCCCCUCUCUCAGCCAGAGGUACUGCCGCGUACAGAGCGCUUACAGUUGCUGAGCUCACUCAACAGGUAUUCGAUGCGAAGAACAUGAUGGCAGCUUGCGAUCCACGCCACGGAAGAUAUCUGACUGUGGCCGUGAUGUUCCGAGGACGCAUGUCUAUGAGAGUAUGUGAUUGA